CAGGAAGGCCAACACAGAGCAGCCACCCGGUUCAAAAGGGCAGUCGUGCAACUCACCAGCCGAGGACACAGCAGUGGACUAGUGCUAACCUACUCCAGAUAUCCGCCGGCUGACCUGGUUGUUGGGAGUCGUCGAGUCUUUCGAUUUUCCAGUGUAGACUGCAGCGUCCGGCAACAUCGAUAGGGCCGGUCAGCAUCGUUUCACGAGGCAAAGGCUGGUGGAGGAGGAGGGGAGGUCCACGCACAGCACUGCUCGGGGAUCUCAAACGCCUCUAGGGAAGCAAAGGCAAGUCGUUAGCCGCAACAGCAGCAGCAGUUGCUCCCCAGGGCCGGGAUGGCGGCAGAAACGAAGGGGCAAGAGCCUCAAGAUGUGGUGAUGGGCGAGUCGGGCAAGGGACCGGAGCCUGGGAUAGGACAGGUGGCUCCUCGGUUUGAGAUCAAGAAGUGGAACGCGGUGGCCAUGUGGUCGUGGGACAUUUGCGCCGACACGUGCGCCAUCUGCCGCAACAGCCUCAACGAGCCCAGCAUUGAGUACCAGGCGAACCCAUCGCCAAACAACGAGAACGGGCUAUCGAUCGCGUUCGGCUGCUGCGGUCACGUGUUCCACCUCGACUGCAUCCAGCGAUGGCUCAAGACCCGCUCCGUGUGCCCCCUGUGCAACAAGGAGUGGGAAUUCGCGAAGAUCGAACGCAUCCCCGGUUACGGAAGCCUAGCAUCCUGAGUCAGCACAAGGGGGUGGUGCAUGUCUUCAUGCCGUUUCAAGCCAACACGAAAUGUAGAUGUACGCGUGUCUUCAUGCCGUUUCAAGCCGACACGAAAUGUAGAUGUACACGUGUCUUCAUGCCGUUUCAAGCCGACACGAAAUGUAGAUGUCACGUUGGGCAUGGACCCGUUACUGGCUACGCACUGCAGAAGCAGCGGUAGGGCUGGGGCUAGAGUUUACCUUGUGUUUGUCAUUGGCGGCGCCCUGCUUCUGCAGGAAAGUGGGAGGUGCGCGUGUCUUCGGGGUUGAUGUGACCUCGCUCCUCCGAACGGGAUUGGCAUGGAAUCGAACGUUGCGGCGACUGUGUCGCAGAGAGAUCAAGAGAGUAGUCGCGCCCGCCCCGCAUGCUGGGAUGGUGCAGUAGACAGCAGUGUGUAUUUGCUGGUGUACGUUUCUUCAGUCCAUGAGAGCCAGAACACAACUUCGAUUCUUGCGAUCUUCGAUUUGGAGAUCCGGACGUUGUCCUUCCACGCGCCUUGGUAUGCUAGCGAUACCUGAUGGUGUCGGGCUUGCUUGUGCUGCAGCUGAACGGUGACUGUCGCCAGGGCAGAGGUGGCUCCUGAACACGAUUUCAAUUGCUGUUGAUAUUACUGUUUGCUCAGUACUUUCUGCACAGCCAGGAGCACAAAACGCCAGUCGCCGGUCCUCUACUCCCCAGAGGUACACCGGAAACAGUUUUCGUAUGUUUUCGUGUGGCCUAGCCGGUGCUCAGCCACGGCACGCGCCACGUAGCAUAAAAAGUACAGUUUUGGCACGGCUGUCGAGGAGAAGCAUCGACAUGCAUUUGUUCAGAGCGGGCUGUUCGGAGCUCUUGUUGCUGCCUCCCCGAGACUCCAUUUGACCCGACGAUACAUGUAGUGUUUGGUUGGCGCUCUGCCCCAGACCGUUGUAGUUCCGCAAAAUGGCAAGCACCUGCAAGGUUUGCUUUGGGAACUGGCAAUGAGUGUCAAAAGGCGAGCAUAAAUAUUCGUAGACCGUAACCUGCCAUGGGGGCAAUUCUUCCGCCACGUUAGGCGCGUUCAAUCGAUCAUGUACUGUAGUAUAUAGAAGUACAUACUUUUUGUCAGUUUUUUUUUUUCUCCAAUCACUGCCGUCUGCCCCUCUGGCCCCUAUCCUCGACUUCUACUAGCUAGACGACUCGACCGAGAGUACAUGUGCCGCUGGUCCAAGUCUGCUGGCAAACACCGACAGAAAACUACACGGAAGCGCCCAGGAACACCAAUGGAAGCUCACCACGGUGCGUGUCGCAAGGGCUGAAACACGGCGUAGUGUGUCGUGUGCAUCCGUCCAUCGCUGACGUGGUGGCUUGCGUGUCAAAUGGUCGUGCCAACUCAUUUCCACCAUUCCGGACACAGGACACCUGACACGGUGGCAUGUGGAACAGUUGAUCAACGACAUUCACAGCCUACGGCCCGCGGGGCAACAACGACGGUUGCAGGAGCACCUUUCUUUCUCGAGAGUUAGGAGCUACUGCUGUAAUGUAGUUAGGUAUCCACCAUUCACCCCACAGCUGUUCACUCUCGAGAGUUCGGGUCAAGAAAGAGCAGGGGGUGGGGUAGUGCCUAUGUAUUUGGACUACAGCAGUAGAGCAGGUCCGAUCCUGGCUCCAAACUGCACCAGGGCGGGUGUUCCUCGUGCUCUGUUCCAGUGUUGGGAUGAUUCAUACUACGGCGGUAGCCUGCGCUGCGGGAAAGGGUGCAGUAGUCUAUAUUAGUCUAGUCUUUGAAAUAAUGAUGGAAUAUGUAGAAGGCCACUCAACGCGCAUCUUGUACCUUGUACCUUGUACCUUGUACCACAAAACCACUCAAGCACAGAUUGGACACCUUGGCCCUCUGAAGCCUUACCUAGGGGACUGUGAGAAUAAUUUGUCCUGCUCAAGUGUCCCAAGAAGUUUCCAAGAUUUCGCGUUGCACAGAGAACGACCCCAGAGCACCAUGCGUUGCCAACAGCUUCUUUCUGAGAACGCUCCUGCCGGCACAAUGCGAUUUGAUUCAACUCGGGCUGCACCUUGCCCCGAGGUCCCCAACACCCACCCGGGAUCACUCUCCCCCCUAAUCCCCGCCGAGCCCUCUCUGGGUACAGCACACCGGUGGCGUUCUUGAGCGGCGUGUGCCUCUAAGGCCUUGUUUGGAUUGUUGUGGAAUCCAGGUGGAACGCGCAGCCUCACUCGAUCGCAGUGGCACAAGUGCCAAGCACCGCGACAGAGUAUCAGAUCGUGGAUACUUGUGACCUCAUCACCCUGUGCUGCGUGCAAGAGUGCGGGGAGUCUUAUUCAUCGCCCUUUCUGCCGUUUCAUCAGGCCGCUCCACAGUUCUCACGUGCUGCUUCUCUGUGGGGAGAGGGCUCGCCGUUCUCCGUUGGCGACCUGCAGCUACCGACCGGUGGCGCUGUAUUACACCAUCGUUCUGCGUUCGCUCGACACUCGCAACUCGCGUCUCGGCUACACCACACCGGUUCCAGCGAUGAUUACAUCGGUCGCUCGCUGCGCCGCUCCCCGGGUGGUCCUGCUUGCUGCUGCGGCGGUGGUGUACUCCGCGCUCGGCAUCAACGUGCCCUGCGAUUCCGGUACCAGGGUGUACUCCCUGACCGCAUUUCACGGGUCGUGGCUCGACGGGAUAGAGAUAGUGUGCACUGGUGGUGGCCAGGAGUACAUCCCUCCGGACUACAACCUGGAGGUAGGAGACGGUCAAGGUGGGACUCCAUCCGAUGCCAUCUGUGCGGGGACUGCUGGCGUGGAGUCGAUCGAGUGGUUUCAACUCUCCGUGUCAGGGGUACUACCCGACUCUACCAAAGACGUGGUCAACGCCACCAUUUCUUGCGCGGACGGUUCAGCGCAAACUGUUGCUGAUGAUAACACUUUUGUUGGUGCCACCGCCCAAGCAACUGCCUCCUGCGACGAAGGAGAAUACGUGUAUGGCCUUUCGUAUGAAAUUGACGAAGCUGGCUCUACGAGUUUAGAUGAUGGUUCCUUCGGCUAUGCCGUCACGAGCAUUGGUGUUCUGUGUCGCUCUACUACACUAGACGAAAUUUGUACGGCCGACAUGUGCAGUGGGGGUGUAGCUCUGAAGGAAGAGCUACCAGACUACUGCGAAGCGGCCACCUGCACGGAGGCCGAGUGCUGCGACACAAGCGAUGAUGGAGAUGAUGAAGUAAACGUUGAAAUAGUUGCUGGUGUCGUGUCCAGUGUGGCAGCCGCUAUGAUAGUUGGAGCCGGUGCCUGGGCGUGGCAAAAGUGUCGAGUUCCACGAAGGGAAGGGGGGGUACGGGAAGAUGCUCCUGGGGGCACGGGAAGAUUCUCCUUACAACUACCCAGCCAGUUGGAACGGAAGCCCCCCCCCCCCCCGUACACUGGUAACCCGGCAGUACGUGUUUGAGGUUUGAAUCCGGCACUUGUGAUAUGAGAUAGGUUGAGUGGUCAACCUAUGUCUCGCGAUGCCACCGGCAUUUUGUCCGGAAAACCGGCCUCUACCGACUCCCCUAUCGUACCACGAAUAUUUUGUGGGACUUCCCGUGCUCAAGGAUGCCUUGUAACCCCAAGAUCACGCAGUGGUGGAGUGGAGGGCGGGAUGCCCUCAAGGGUGUUUACGAAAUUGAACCUCUCCGCCGACUGUAUUCUUCGUUUUCACUACUGUAUCUAGGACCAGAGCGGAACAUAUUUUUUUUCCAUUGAUUUUUCAUUUCAAGUACAUCCUAGAGCGGAGCGAAUUUUCUGAGGGCCAAAUUGUCAAGGAGGGGUUUGAGUGUAUAUCAUGGAGCGGGUUGUCCGUAUUACGUUUUUUAACGCGAAGUCGUAUAGUUUACUCACUAGCACUAACCGCGCGAAACAAUACUGUGGCAUUCACGAAUGUGCACCGCCAGAAAUACGAUAUUGCUAAAGACGUUUUCUAGCUCCAGAGCUCUGGCGGUCGUCCACACGCAGUGUACUUUGUUCGAGAUCCCUUCCUUUUUGUGAAAGGGCGUGUUGAUGUUAGUUUUGGUGUUGGUCGUAUCAUGUUGUUCAUUGAGGCAUUGUGAUCGUCCGUCGUCCGUUGGCGAUCGAAUUGAUUCACUCGCUACAUGUGGUCGUAUCAUGUUGUUUAUUGAGGCAUUGUGAUCGUCCAUCGUCCGUUGGCGAUCGAAUUGAUUCACUCGCCACAUGUACACUAUAUUUAUUGUCUGAACUUCAAAUCAGCGCUCACUCCACUAUUUAGUGCCGUUUACUCCAACCCUUGGUCACACAGAAGGGCCCCUCUCUACCUUUCCCUCCUGCGGUACAUUGCCUUCGGUUUUGAAUGCGGGAAGAGUUCGGCACUCUCUUCCCCCUGUGUACACGAACUACCGCUAUCCGCUAGGCCAUGAACGGAAGCGAGAGAAAAACUCACUUUUCAAGAAAAGCUCGCUUACGCCGGGAUUCGAUACCCUGACCUGGCUUGUAGAAGGUUCCGGGGAUACCAACUAGACCACCGGGUGACGGGCCACAAGGGCAACUGUCGCCCAAUGUGGCGUUCAGCUAGAAUGUGACUGAUGUGGAAACGGGGGAUUAGGGUUGAGGUGGAGAUCAGACGGGUACUUCAAGCUUUGGUAUGGAUCAUUUCUUUCCCAUAGCGAUGAUGUAUGUUGCUGAAAAAAUGACGCUACGAAGAAGUGGAUAUUUCGAAGGAUUUUGCUUUUGUGAAAUGAAGGACAUUCGUUCGCAACACCGUGCAAACUUUCC